GAACCAUGCACAUGGGCUUGCCCCCAUUUGAAGUGUUCUCGGCCAUGCUCUGAAAUUUGCGACCGUGACAUAUGUGAGCAAGCCUGUUCUGUCUUUCUGAACUGUGGCCAUAUAUGCGUGGGUGUCUGUGGGGAGCUAUGUCCUUCCCUGCAAGAUCUGCCCACCCUGACAAAUACACAGUUAUCUUCCAUACAGAAGAGGAAAGCUCAAAACGAUGCCAGGUAUAUCCUGGUAAUGCCUUGUGAACAUCCUAUUGAGCUAAGUUCACUUAGAAAGUGGUUAACCAGCAAUUCAGAAGGAGAAAUUGUAGUAAAGAAGUGUCCUAAAUGUUCCUCAAUUAUAGAAAACUGUCAACUGAUGCCUGAAGUAAAAGCCAACAAAAGAACUAUCGAUGAGAUAAAGGCAAAAGAUUUUGGAAGUUUAGAAGAAAUUGCAGAACUCCGUGAUUGCAUUUUGACAGAAAUGCAUGCUGUACCAUUUCAUAUUUUUUCAACAGAUCAGGGUUGCUCUAAUACAG